AUGGCCUCCGUUAGGCUUUCAUCGCCCAUACCAGAACACCAACCAGGUCCGGUGGAUGAUGGGACAAGUCAAAAGGCAGCAUCUCGCCCGAAUUUAGUAAUUUUCAUGCCAGAUCAGCUUCGAUAUGACUCUGUUGGCUGCUUUGGAAACCCUCAUGUCCACACGCCCAACAUUGAUGCCUUCGCUGCACGUGGGACAAAAUUUACAAAUUGCUACUUGCAGGCCACGGUGUGCUCACAGAGCCGGUGUUCACUAUACACGGGACAAUAUCCACAUGUCUCCGGCCAUCGAAGUUUGGAAAAUCUAAUCAAACCCUGGGAGCCCAACAUGUUUCGCGCGCUGAAGGAGGACGGAUACCACGUUGCUUGUUUGUCUCCUAGGGGUGACACCUUUGCGCCCACCGUCACUGAAUUAAGCGUGACCGAAUACGGCUUCUUGGUGCCCCCAGAGUGGAUGCCGAAGUUUGGAAAGGGGGAUGCGGCAGAAGCGGACGUGUCAGAAGAUAUAUGGGACCGUUUAUUUUACAAAGGUCUCCGCAGUCAGGAUAAAACGGUUGAUUACGAUGAAGCUGCGGUGCGAUCCGCUAUCAAGUGGCUAGAAAGGCCGCCCAAAGGUCCAUGGGUUCUUUACCUACCGUUGAUCUUUCCGCAUUGCCCAUUUCAAGUUGAGGAGCCGUACUUCUCCAUGUAUGACCGCAAGAAAAUGCCAGUUCCAUCCAAGCCAGAGCAGAAGACAGGCUACGAACCGCGAUAUUUUGAACAGAACCGCAAACGCUACGGCACAGAGCGGGCAACUGAUGAGAUCUGGGCCGAGAUAACAGCGACAUACUACGGCAUGAUUUCCCGCCUUGAUACGCAAUUUGGGCAGGUCAUGACCGCACUAGAAAAAACGGGUUUGGCAUCUAACACCGUCACCGCAUUCUACACCGAUCAUGGGGAGUAUCUUGGAGACCAUGGGAUGAUUGAAAAGUGGCCCAGCGGCGUCUCUGAAGUUCUUGCUCGCGAACCUCUCAUCAUAGGCGGUGCCGGAUUACCUGUUGGCAAAACCAACGAUGACAUUUGUGAGAUGGUCGACCUGCUCCCUACUAUCCUCGAAAUGUGCAAGGUGUCUGAAAACUUCCCUCACAAUGGUGUUUCGCUGUUGCCGACAAUACUUAGCAAUCGAAAACAUCCAAAGAAAUAUGCUUACACCGAAGGCGGUUUUCUCAAGUCGGAAGAGCCGCUCCUCGAGCAGGCCCCCUAUCCAUAUGACAUCAAGUCCUUUCUGCAACACGAAAAUACGGAGAUCGUCGGAAAGGCAGUAUCAAUGAGAAGUGCGGAAUGGACAUAUGUGUAUCGGUUGUAUGAACCAGCCGAGUUGUACAACAGGAAAACUGAUAUUGCUGAGCUUCACAACGUGGCUGCAGACCCGCAAUUUGGCCAUAUUAUUCAAGAGAUGCAGGCAGAGAUGUUUCGCUGGAUGAUGCACACAUCAGAUCUGCUUCCCUUCCACAAAGAUCCUCGAUUUCCCCCGGUGGAGCUUGAGAGCCCGGAGGAACAGUACCGGAACAGAAUUGAGACAACCUGA